AUGUGGGUGGCGAACUACGACAGACUACCUACGAGAUCAAGGCUUGCUGGCUGGGGAAUGCUUCUUUCUGCGGAAUGCGCUUUCUGCUCCAGGUUCGAUGAAACAAGAGACCAUCUCAUGCUCACCUGCGAGUAUAGUAACCAAGUCUGGAAGGCGGUGCUUCUCAAAUGCAAAUCGCCUUCAACUCAGCUCACCAACUGGUCUGAACUUCUGUCUUGGAUCAGAGCAUCACCAUCAAAGAAGCUAACCUUACUGAGAAAGUUAGCCACUCAAGCCACUAUUUUUCAUCUUUGGAAACAAAGAAACAACCUAAUGCAUAACCAGACUUCAAUCCCACCUGAGUCUGUCUUCUAUGGCAUUGACAAAAACAUGAGAAAUAUUAUUUCAGCUAGGAGACUCAGUAAGCAUUUUCACUCGCUUAUGGCGAUGUGGUUGAGCUAA